AUGUCAGAUCAGUACAAGUUGUACGUUCCCGACGUGGAUAUGUGGACCCGUUUCUACAAGCUGCAAGCUGCACAAGGCAAGCUUCAGUCUCACUACGAAAUUCACAGCAUAAUUACCCUUUUGUACAGCGCCGACACGCGGUUCGUAUUUUUAGCGUGUCAGGCGUUUGUUGGGAGGUUAUUCCACAAAUCUGUGUUACAGGGAGAAAAAAAGUCUGAGAUUAUAGUAAUGUUGCUCUCACAAAUGCGUGAGACUCACGCUAAACGCGUGAGAGUUGACAGUGUAUAUAAACCGUAUGCAAUCAUUGAACAUUAUCCGACUGCUCUGAGAAUCUUACAAGUUUCUACACACUGGAUCUUAAAAUCGAAGAUGUCAGUUUUGAGUUUUGCGUUGUGUUUGUUCGUUGUUGUCUGGAUACAGCCAGAUGAUACAUCGGCGUGGUCUUCAAGAAGUGUGUGUGGUCACAGGACAUACAACCCGGCAUUUAAUUUAUGUUGUCGAGGAAAGGUGGUGUCGAAAAGCGGCCUAAAACCCGCUUGUUGUGGAUACCGAAGUUAUGACGCCACAUUCAGAAGCUGCUGUGGAGGGAAUGUGGUGUCCAGAAGCGGGUUAAGACCAGCAUGUUGUGGACGCAGAAGUUAUGACACCACAUUCAGACAGUGCUGCAGAGGGAAAGUAGUGUCCAAAAGUGGAUUAACACCUUCGUGUUGUGCGAAACGAAGCUACGAUGCCGCAUUCCGAAUGUGUUGUGGAGGGAACGUGGUGUCCAAAAGCGGCCUAAGACCAGCAUGUUGUGGGCGCAUAAGCUAUGAUGCUACCUUCAGGAAAUGUUGCAAUGGCCGUAUUUGCUAAAAUAAUAGGCACCAGAUUAAAUUAUGGCGAUAAAGAAACUGUCGUACUGGAGACUUCAUACCAUUAGUAAAUAUACAGUUGAACCUGACAGGUCUACAACUUCACAUGGUUUUCGUGACUUUAUUGUAAGUUUUACGGAUGACUGUUCCAGUUCAAGUUGUAUGUUUUCGUUAUAGAUUUUAACAGAUAUAAAAAAAUCACGUUUGUAUUUAUG